AUCGUAGUCUGAAAAAAAUUGCAUGUCAAAUUAUCGACAAAAUAAACAAGAAAUUUUACCAUGACAUAAGUUUCAGAUUAAUACAGUGGCGCCGCGACUCGAGGUUUCCUCGUAAUGGCUCAAAUUUAUUUUUAUCCACUCCUGUGAUCUCCGUCUGAUCCUUCCUUGUCGUUAUCUUUAUAUGUAAUCAGCUGCUAUUAUUUGAUUUGAAGAAAUUGUUGUAACGGGUACCAUCGCGACAUUAUCAUUUUAUAGAUUUAUUUCACUUACUUCAAUUAGAAUGCCGAAUAUAAUCAACGAAAUCAAAUUGGAUUUCAAAGAUGUACUUCUACGUCCCAAAAGAUCUACGUUGAAAAGCCGUAACGAUGUCAAUCUCUACAGAAAUAUCACAUUCAAGAAUUCAAAACGAACUUACAAUGGCAUUCCAGUCAUGGCAUCUAACAUGGACACCAUUGGUACAUUCGAAAUGGCAAGAGUGUUAUCAAAGCAUGGUCUAUUCACUUGCGCUCAUAAAUACUACAAUGCUGAAGAUUGGAAAAAAUUCGCUAAUGAAAACCCAGAAUGUUUACCUAACAUUGCAGCUAGUGCUGGGAUAGGAGAUACUGAUUUUCAGAGACUGAGCGAAGUACUGAAAGAAGUACCAGGACUCAGUUUUAUAUGCCUAGAUGUCGCCAAUGGUUACUCUCAACAUUUUGUCGAUUUUGUUAGAAAAGUUAGGGCAGCUUUCCCUUCACAUACCAUUAUAGCAGGUAACGUAGUAACAGGAGAGAUGGUUGAAGAACUUAUAUUAUCAGGAGCUGAUAUCAUCAAGGUAGGGAUUGGACCAGGAUCAGUAUGUACAACUCGUAUGAAAACAGGCGUUGGUUAUCCACAACUAUCCGCAGUAUUAGAAUGUGCUGAUGCCGCACAUGGAUUACAAGGUCAUAUAAUUUCGGAUGGAGGAUGUACUUGUGCAGGGGACGUAGCCAAAGCAUUUGGAGCAGGAGCAGAUUUUGUUAUGGCUGGUGGCAUGUUUUCCGGUCACGAUCAGUGUGGUGGUGAAUUAAUUGAGAAGAAUAAUAAGAAGUUCAAAUUAUUUUAUGGAAUGUCUUCUGCAACUGCUAUGCAAAAACAUGCAGGAGGUGUGGCAGAGUAUCGUUCUUCAGAAGGUAAAACUGUGGAAGUCCCAUAUAAAGGAGAUGUGGAGUCAACUAUUUUGGAUAUCUUAGGAGGCUUACGCAGUGCCUGCACUUAUACUGGUGCUAGUAAACUCAAAGAAUUGCCACGUAGAGCUACUUUUGUUCGUUGUACUCAACAAUUGAACAACAUCUAUAGUUAAUUAAUUUCGAUUUUCUAGCCAAUUAUAUUUGAAUCUUGCAAUGAGCUUGUUUCUUCUGGGGUAAAUUUUCUUCUGUAUUCCUCGCAUUAUGCUGAAAAUUUUUUAGUGAAUAUAGUUCGAUAGGUACGGUAUCAUUGUAUAUAGAAAGCCAUCUUUAUACAAGGACCGUAGGUAAAUUUAAUAAAUUAGAAAAAGAUAAUAGACAUUCGUCCUGUGCCAUUUAUUUUUUUAGUAAAAUUUCACCUGAAAAUAUAAAUUGCUUUAUUACAGUUUUCAUUAUUGAAGAUGGCGUGUACACUGAUUGAGGUUUUGCCUUUUAAGAAUAACUGAAUAUGCUAUACCUACCUGUUCCUUUCCAACUUGAUUGUAUACUCCACUAUAACACGAAUAUUUUCCACAGAAAAUUUCAUUGAAGGCCCAAAUUUGUAUUUUUGUUGUGCAUUUCCUUGACCUCACAUUUUUACCAAAGUUCAUCAUUAUGGAAUUUGAAAAAAAUUGUAUAAAAAAAUUAUGAAUUAUUCCAAUUAUUGUUGUUAUAUACUAUUCAUGUUGUUUUUUGUUUUUAAUAUUGCUUUUAUUUCAUUCAAAAUUGAAGAUAGCUUGAUACCAAAUAAUUACUAUAGAAUUUUGCGAUCAAUUUACAAGAUCAGGAUAUAAAAUAUAUAUAUUCCUUAUUUACUAUUGUGAUUGUAUUGUCAUAAUUGCACAAUUAAUAUAGUUCUAACUUUAUUCGAAUGUUGUUGAAAACUGAGAUCUGAUUUGAUGCUUGAAUGGUUAAUCAAUAAAUGUUAAGUAUA